GUGACGUCCGUCUACACAGUGACACGGGCAAGAGCAACAGACCCACAGGAGGCUCUGCGACGGGUUGCUGAUUGGUUGAUGGGCUCUCAAACCCCACAAUGUAGGCUGAGUUUGUGGGUCCGUGGGACGAACGGUUCCCAAGUGCAUGCAGCAACCGACGGCUUGGCGUUUAGGCUGCGUGGCCGACAUUGAAUACCGGAAUGCCGUCACCGACACACAGCCACCGCAGUUCUGAAACAGAACGUUGACAGUCUCGAUGGCGGCGCCUGAGUCAGGUUGGGCUGAUGGCCACACUACCACCGGCACUGGCACUAACAACAGCACCACGCUUCCAUCGCCUCCAUUCAUCCACGCGCCUGGUCUAGCGAAUUUGCGCGACGCAGGCGGUUAUGCCAUUGCAAGCCAACCACGCAAGGCUGUCAAGCGCGGCGUGCUCUUUCGAUCCGCAGACCUGACCGAACUUGGCGGUGAAGGAAUUGGCACUCUCCAGCGACUCGGCAUCACCCACGUCUUCGACCUGCGGUCCGUAGUUGAGCUUGCAAAGAGCGGCGAGCAGUCACCGAGGGAGCUCUGGCAGAGCGCCUCCCACGUCUUCGUGCCCGUCUUCUUAGACAAGGACUACAGCCCGGAAGCGUUAGCCCUGAGAUUCCGAAAUUACAGCGAUGGGCCGCAGGGCUUCGUCAAGGCUUACGCCGCCAUUCUGGCCACCGCCGCCGAGCCGGACCACCCAUACGCGCCGUUCCGCACCAUCUUGGAGCAUCUUGCCUCGGCAACGCCUCCUUCCCCGGUCUUGGUGCAUUGCACCGCAGGCAAAGACAGAACCGGCGUCAUCAUAGCGUUGAUCCUCGCCCUUUGUGGUCUCGAGGACGAAGCUAUCGCGACGGAGUACAGCCUAACCGAUGCCGGGCUGGCGCCGCGCAAGGAGCGGAUUGUGCAACAGCUGACUGCGCCGGGCGCGGCAUUGUUCGGGGAGCGAGAGCGGGCUGAGCGCAUGGUUGGAGCGCAAAAAGAGAAUAUGCUGCUCACUCUUAAGCUGAUCCGCGAGAAGUACGGCUCUGUCGAGACCUACGUCGUGGACCACCUCGGCGUGUCGCAGGCGAGCGUGGAGCAGAUUCGGAAGAACCUGAUCGUCGACCUGGCCGAAGGCGAGGAGCCCUUGGACUGGGGAAACCUCGCUGGGCUGAAGAACGAACCGCGUCUCUGAUUAGACUUGGCGUCUGCUACAAUACAAGAGAUAGAGUGCUGUACAUGGCUGAGGCCGCUCCCUAGCGCCUCUUCUAGACGGCCGCUAGACUAGCAAUCAGAAAUCG